UUGGUCAUUGAAGAGGCAAAACGAAGAAUUCCUGGCAAUGGAAGCUGGGUGUCAGCCUGUCAGUGAAGAGCAGGACGAAACCUCCAUAGAUGCCUGGACGGAGUCUGAGAUGAUACCCGGUGAUGUGUUCCGAAGUAUGGAAGACCUUCGAAUAUCAGGAGAAUUGGCUGAAAGCUGUGCCACAGACCAGGCCACAUCAGGGGAAGGGAUCACAUCUGAGCUGGCUGAAAACGUCACGGAGCAGGCAACAUCAGAUAAAGAGUUGAGGACCUCAUCAGAGUUGACUGAAGGAAGUGCCGUGGACCAGGGUUCUGGACAUGAUGUGAGGAUCACAUCUCAGUCGUUGGUGGAGAAGUGCUCGACUACACCACACACUUAUUCCAUCAUCUUUGAUAAUUUAGAUUUUUUCAUGCACACACACCACCAGUCCACCCUACACAGUAACAAGUCAAUUCAUUGGAUACACCACAUCGCUGUCCAGGACCGUGUCCCCAUUUAUCACCUGGCUAAUGACAAACCAAUUGGAAAUCUUCUGGACUAUGACCUGAAUUUGUCACUCCCUAGCCAGAAUGAACAAAUGCAGAUGCGAAGAGAGUUCAUUGUUUUCACCAGCCGAAUCCUGUCUAGCUAUCUGUCUGUAUUCAAGCCAUUCUCCAAUGUGGUUGUGCGACACAUACCGCAUCAGUAUUCAGCAGAAAUGGCGCAGCAUUCCACUGAUUACCCAUUAGGACUGCUUUUCAAAGAUGAAAACAAAUCGGCUGAUUUGGCAGAAGUACUUCAUCACUUUCAGAAUACGUAUGUACCAAAACGGCCUGAUGGGAUUUCAACCAUUUUGGUUGGAGGCGACAGGCUUUCCGAAGCAAAUAGCAGAAACCUGCAGUGGGCCUAUGCCAAUGGUCUGAAUACGGAGGAGCGAUUGGAUGGCAUGGAAUUCAUGUUUGAGGACUGGCAUGCGAUUAGGAUGCUAUUUCAAAUCCACUACAAAGUGUUCUUCAGUGAGAAAUCUGCAAAGGACCAUGGGACUCUGUGCGCCAACAUGACAAAGUUGAGGUGCAGCAAUGCGAAACAGGGUCCCAAGGCUGCCUACAACGCAUACAAACAUUUUGUCAUCACAGACACUACUGCGCUGCUUCUGACGGCUGCCAUGGAGCACUUUGGCCUGAAGGAUAUCGAAGAAAUCCCGGAAUCGUUUGUUCCUGAGGACAUUGCAUCAGGAUCAACAGACACGAGGCGAACAUGGUUGCAUGCCAAAUCUGCUGAGGUGGUCGAUAAGUACAUCCUGCUUGGGGAUGCGGUUGAGGCCAUGACUGGUCUCGGCGAAGCAGAUGUGACAUCGACUCAGGCAACGCAGUACCCUUGUCGAGCGCCAGGCUGUCAGCAGGUAUACACCUAUCCCAAAUCCAGAGACAAUCACGAGCUUAAAAAGCACAACUUACACGUGUCCCCCGAAACAUUGCCUGGUACAUCACUCAACAAAGACCACAAGCAGGAACAUACCUUGGCGCGUCUCAGCUUCAGCUUUCUCCUUUGGGACAUGCUGGAUGCUGUGAAAGAGGGUGACGGAGAACGACUGAUGAGGCUGUACAAAGUAGCUCUGCUCUUCUACAAAGCCCAUGCGCACAGCCACUAUGCAUACAGUACGUUACUCCUGACACUUCAGGUGAAUGCGUGCCUGACGCCUCGGAUGUCGCACAGCGUGACCUGGAACAGGUUUUGGAGCACUAGGGGAGGGAAUGGAGGCAACAUCCCCUUAGACCUUCAUUUAGAACACCUCAACAACUUCCUGAAGUCUUUCUUGAAGGGUCAGGGUCCAAACCUGUCUGAAGCGUCUGCUAGCCGAGUCAGCAAGGCCAUAGGCGUUUUGAAAGAGAUAAUGGACAAAGUUGAUAGUGAACUGGGUGUGUGA